AUGGAAAGUGCCAAGGAAUUGCUUUGCGAUAGGGGGUUCGAGUCACGUCAGCCGUCAAAAAUUUUGAGGGAUGAUGUCUCUACAAUGACUUUUUCUAAUGUUAUCACUUAUGAAAAACCUGAAGCUGAAGGAGAUACAGCAAUCACUCGAGAAUAUCAAAUGCAGCUUCGGGUGGAAUGUUGUUUAAACAAAUCAGAAACAGUUGAUGGGUCCUUCAAACCACGCCUUGGUAAGGUUGCCUUCAGCGACAAGAGCACUGGUAACUUCGAUCUAAAUCUGGCAAGGUUCAAGACAGAGAAUAUUCAGGAAGUUGACUCUAGCUCGGUGUCGCUAGGCCAAGAACUCUUCUUUGAAGUCAGUCUUAAAUCGGUAGAAAUCCUUGGUAUGUUCAUAGAGAGCUGUUGGGCUACAGCAACCGUGGACCCAGCGACAAAUCCACACCACUCUCUGAUUUCCUCAAGAUGCCCAGAAGAUCCAACAACGUCCAUCAAUAAUGACCUUGAUUUGGAUCGAGAAAGUUUUUCCUUUCAGGCAUUUGCAUUCACUGGUGACAAUCAAAACACCCAGGUAUACGUUCACUGUUUAGUGAUGGUAUGCGGUGCAGAGGAGGCUCGGUUGAAUCGAGACAUGGGCUGCCCCUCAAACGACGGUGAAGCUGCAUUUUGGAACUCAUCACCGGUUCGCAAACGACGAUCUACGUCAUCCCUUUCCACUCAAACGAUCAGUAGUGGUCCGAUUCGUAUCCGUAACCCUACCAGUGGCAUGGCAACUAAUGAUGUGUCUUUGUACAACCCGUUUGCGAUGCUCAUCCUUGGUAUCAGCGCCGCAGUGGUUGCCAUGCUUAUUCUGAUGGGUGUGGUCAAGCUAGUUGGUACCAACUUCAACUAUCACCGUGUGUCGACCGAGACCAUUUAAGGGAUUUAACUCUUAACAUGCUGGUGAUGCUAAUUGGCUCCAAAAAUACACAUCAGAGCUACAACUCGUCUGGCAUGUUAAGAGUUCAGGUUGUUUAACGCUGUAAUAGUGAUUGCAUGAUCAAUAUCUGUAGUAACGAACAAGGGGAAUUCCUUCAAUUUUUUUAGAUUUAUCAAGAGGAGCUUUAUUUGUUUCCGAGUGAUAAUAAU